GCACCGCACCCGGCCCAGCUUCUUUCAGAAUGUCUACCGUUCAUGAAAUUCUCUGCAAGCUCAGCUUGGAGGGUGAUCACUCCACACCUCCAAGUGCAUACGGGUCCGUCAAAGCAUACACCAAUUUUGAGAACAUUGAAAAGGCCAUCAAGACUAAAGGUGUGGAUGAGGUCACCAUCGUCAACAUUUCGACCAACCGCAGCAAUGAACAGAGACAGGAUAUUGCCUUCACCUACCAGAGAAGGACCAAAAAGGAACUUGCAUCAGCACUGAAGUCAGCCUUUUCCGGCCACCUGGAGACAGUGAUUUGGGGCCUAUUGAAGACACCUGCUCAGUAUGAGGCUUCCGAGCUGAAAGCUUCCAUGAAGGGGCUGGGGACCAAUGAGGACUCCCUCAUUGAGAUCAUCUGCUCAAGGACCAACCAGGAGCUGCAGGAAAUCAACAGAGUCUACAAGGAAAUAUACAAGACCGAUCUGGAGAAGGAUAUCAUUUCCGACACAUCUGAUGACUUCCUCAAGUCUUCGAUGGUUGCCCUAUCUAAUGGUCAAAGAGCAGAGGAUGGCUCUGUCAUUGAUUAUGAACUGAUUGACCAAGAUGCCCGGCAUCUCUAUGAUGCUGGCGUGAAGUGGAGAGGAACUGAUGUUUCCAAGUGGGUCAGCAUCAUGACCGAGCCGAGUGUGUGCCGCCUCCAGAAAGUACUUGAAAGGUACAAGAGCUACAGCCCUUAUGAUAUGCUGGAGAGCAUCAAGAAGGGGGUCAGGGGAGACCUGGAAAAUGCUUUCCUGAACCUCGUCCAGUGCAUUCAGAACAAGCCCCUGUAUUUUCCUGACAGACUGUACGACUCCAUGAAGGGCGAGGGCACUCGCGAUAAGGUCCUGAUUAGAAUCACGAUCUCCCGCAGUGAAGUGAACAUGUUGAAAAUUAGAUCUGAAUUCAAGAAAAAAUACGGCAAGUCCCUGUACUACUACAUUCAGCAAGACACCAAGGGCGACUCCCAGAAAGCGCUGCUGUACCUGUGUGGUGGGGAUGACUGAAGCCCACAGUGGCCCGAGGGUCCAGGACGGCUGCUCCACGCUCCCAGCUAACAGUUCUACACAAUCAGCUU